AUGACAACCAUAUCUGACCUUUCGGCUCAGCUCCACCCGCAGUCCUCGGUUACCGAUGCCCUGCAUCUUCUGAGUACUGAUUCCGAGUUGACCGAACUCGUCCUCCGCAACUCCUUCGCCGCGACCGUUCACACCUUGGAAGAUAUCCACCUUCUCGGUGGUCCUUCUUACGAGAGUCUGUUCGGGAUUUCCUCUGACGACUGUGCCCCCGCUUUGAAAUUGGUCGUCCGUAAGCUUAUCCGCAUCGCCUCUGCCUUGCAUACUUCUUCGGGUGCUGCUCCCCCUGCUACCACUUCUCUCCCCGAACAAGACACUCCUUGGCUUGACAGUCUCUCUCACUUGCUCACUCUAACUCCAUCGUCCGGUCGUAUCAAGCGUCAGGCGCCAACGUUGGCUGAGCUCCUCGGUGAUCGUGACUCUUUACGUGGAUUGACCUACUCUCUUCACUGCCCCCCCGAUAUCCUCAUCGACAUCAUGUCUUUCCAGGAUGUGGAUCGCCUUCGUGUGCUAUUCUCCAAACCACUACGCUCUUACUGCUCUCUCGACAAGGGCUCUACUUAUGCUGAUAAUUCACUCAAGCUCUCAACCCUCAUCCACUGCCUUCUUGUUUGGGCUUGCACCACCCAUCUAACGGGUAACAUUGGGCUGGGCUUUUUGCUCUCCCACUGUGAUAACACCAUUUCGAGCAUGGGAGAUACUAUCCAAGGGAAGGUGGUUAACACACAGUGUUGUGAGCUCUACCAUACCUUUCUACUCAAGGACGUCCAUACCAAGCUCGGUAACUCCGUCUCUGUCGAUGACAUCUGUGACUUCAUUAGCUCCUCCUCUUCUAAUACCUGGGGGAUUGCUGUUAACAAGUCCACACCUCAUUAUGCUCGCUCUGCUAACACUCCUCAGAGACGUCGCGCCGACUCUCUUCCUGCCAAGCAACCCGUACAAACUCGUACAUUUACUUGGGGUGAUUCUCAGGGGACUUCCGCAGCUUCCCCUUCCUCUCGUGCUGCUAAACGUAACAAACCUACUCCUGCAUGA